UGUCCUGUGCUCCCUAUGUGGGGCGCUGUGUGUUAAACAGGAAGCGAUUCGGGAUGGAACCCAGAACUUCCACAGCCUCAGGAGCAGGGGAGAGGAGGACGUGCAACACCGUGAACGCGCACUGGCAAUCCGCUAUAUUAUUAGUGCUCCAGUCCUGAUGAACUGACUCUUCGGGCACAUUUGCACUGGAAUAAAAACCACAGCAUCAGGGAUGAACUAAUUCACAGUGGAUUUUAUUUAUUUAUUUAUGUAUUUGUUUAUUUAUGAAAUCUGUCCACGGAUCCCUCUUUCACUUUGGAAGCUUUGGAGUGUUGUCGAUAAGAGCGGAUCAGCACCAGCGUUUUCUUUUCCUUUCCUUUCCCUUGGAUUUACUUUAGAUUGGGACCCUAUGCAGAUUUCUUUUCAAAACCGGUCGUGAACACGAGAUGUGUGGUGUGUGACACCGCCAGGCUUCGUGCUUGAGCUUGUGUUUGUUUACACGGGCAUGUUAAUCAGCUCCGAUGUAAAUAAAUGGGAGGGUGUUGAUGUAGUUAUCUAGCCAACUCAGACAUUUACUAGAAGUAAGUAAUCUUUGUAAGAAUGGCUUAAAAGUGACCUCUAGUCAAUCCACAAUGCCCAUGCGAUAGUGUAACCCCACCUGAACAAUAGCAAAUGCACUAGUAGGUGCGUCUACGAGACCUUUUCCACGGACAAAUAUCAACUCUUCUAUCGGUCAACUGAACACUUUGUUGCCACCAUGGCUUUCUUUAAUUUUCGGAAAAUCUUCAAGCUUGGUCCGGAGAGGAAGAAGAAGCAGUACGAACACGUCCACAGAGACGUGAAUCCGGAGGAAAGCUGGGAAAUUGUCGGGGAAUUAGGAGACGGAGCUUUUGGGAAGGUGUACAAGGCUCAGAACAAGCAUUCGGGCAUUUUGGCUGCGGCGAAGGUGAUUGACACUAAGACGGAAGAAGAGCUGGAGGAUUACAUGGUGGAGAUUGAGAUACUGGCAUCUUGUAAUCAUGACAACAUUGUCAAGCUUUUGGAUGCCUUCUAUUAUGAGAGCAAACUCUGGAUUCUGAUCGAGUUUUGUGCUGGAGGUGCUGUGGAUGCAGUGAUGCUUGAGUUGGAGAGGCCACUGACUGAGCCACAGAUCAGGGUGGUGUGUAAGCAGACUCUCGAUGCGUUGCUCUACCUGCAUGAGAACAAAGUCAUCCACCGAGACCUGAAGGCUGGAAACAUCCUGCUCACACUUGAUGGUCAAGUCAAACUUGCGGAUUUCGGGGUGUCUGCCAAAAACACAAAAACGCUCCAGAGACGAGACUCCUUCAUUGGAACCCCAUACUGGAUGGCACCAGAGGUGGUGAUGUGCGAGACUUCGAAGGACAGGCCAUAUGACUUCAAGGCAGAUAUCUGGUCCCUCGGCGUCACCCUGAUUGAGAUGGCCCAGAUCGAGCCACCCAAUCAUGAGAUGAACCCCAUGAGGGUGCUCCUAAAAAUCGCCAAGGCCGACCCGCCCACACUUAUGCAGCCCUCCAAAUGGUCUCCAGAGUUCAGUGACUUUCUGAGACAUGCUCUGGAUAAGAAUCUAGACAACAGAUGGAGCGCAACACAGCUCCUUCGGCACCCAUUUGUGAGCAGCGUUACUGAUAGUAAACCACUACGAGAGCUGAUAGCAGAAGCCAAAGCUGAAGUCACAGAGGAGAUAGAGGAGUCGAAGGAGGACGAUGAGGAAGAUGAUCACGAGGGACAGCUGCUGAUUCCUGGACACAAGCGUGCUUCAUCUGACAUCAGUAUUGGAAGCUCUGAGGAUGAGAAGCUUUCUCAGUCACCUUCUACCUUGGAAGCGGUUCCAGAAAAAAAUGAGGAAUUUGGUGUUCCUAAGAGCCCGACGGCUGAACCUGAAAUUUCCAAUUCCAUCCCGAAUGUACCAGAACCAUCUACUGAAGAACCUGCAGAGGAAUCAGUUUCCAACAUGAAACCUCAGGAUCAAGAAGAUGAGAACAUUGUAGAAAUCAAGCCAGAUGUACCUUCUACUCCACUACAUAUACUGGAGUCACCAGAGGAGAUGAAAAAUAUGGGAGAUAAGGUGGGCCCAGCUGUUGAUAAUGUGACCGUAAUCAAGAACAUGGAUGCAGCGGUGAAGGACGAGCUCACACCUGAGAAUUCCAUCAAGCAGGUUGAUGGACCUAUUGCAGUGCCCGAAGAGAAACCUAUGCCUCUGACUUCUCCUGUGAAAGAACAGGAUAAAGGUGAAACGCCUUCUCCAGAGAAUGAAAGUCCUCUGAAGCCCAGAUUUCAAAAGAAAGCCUCUGGAAGUGGGUCAGCAGCAGAUAACAGCAGCAUCGACCUAAACCUGUCCAUCUCCAGCUUCAUAAACAAAUCCAAAGAGGCAGGAUCGAUUUCUGUACAGGAAAGGAAGCGUCAGAAGAAGACCCUGAAAAAAACCCGCAAGUUCAUCGUGGAUGGAGUGGAAGUUAGCGUAACGACGUCCAAGAUUGUCACGGAUAAUGACACCAAAAACGAGGAGAUGAGAUUCCUAAGACGUCAAGAGCUACGAGAGCUGAGGUUGUUGCAGAAAGAGGAGCAGAGAGCCCAACAGCAGCUCAGCAACAAACUACAGCAGCAGAGGGAGCAGAUCUCCAGACGUUUCGAGCAGGAGACCGCUAUCAAGAAGCGUCAGUACGAUACAGAGGUGGAGAACAUGGAGCGGCAGCAGAAGCAGACUGUUGAGCGACUCGAGCAAGAGCACACCAACCACCUCCGCGAUGAGGCCAAGAGGAUCAAAGGCGAGCAGGACAAGGAGCUGUCAAAGAUUCAAAACAUGCUAAAGAACCGCAAGAAAGAGGAGCAGGAGUUCUUGCAGAAACAGCAGCAGGAACUGGAUGGCGCUCUGAAGAAGAUUAUCCAGCAACACAAGUGUGAGGUGGCCACCGUGGAAAGAGGCUGCCUCAACCACAAACAGCAGCUACUCCGAGCAAGGGAGGUAGCAAUGUGGGAGCUAGAAGAGCGGCAUCUACAGGAGAAACACCAACUAUUUAAGCAGCAACUCAAGGACCAGUAUUUCAUGCAGAGACACCAGCUACUCAAAAGACAUGAGAAGGAAAUGGAGCAGAUGCAGCGAUACAACCAGCGACUGGUGGAGGAAAUGAAGACAAAGCAAACCCAGGAGAGGACCAGACUUCCCAAGAUCCAGCGCAGUGAAGCAAAGACGCGCAUGGCCAUGUUUAAAAAGAGCCUGCGCAUCGCCUCCCCCGGGCUCACCCCCGAACAGGAGAGGGAAAAGAUCAAACAGUUUGCAGCACAGGAGGAGAAGAGGCAGAAGAAUGAGAGACUCCAUCAGCAUCAGAAACAUGAGAACCAGAUGAGGGACUUGCAGUUGCAGCGUGAUGCCAAUGUUAGAGAGCUGCAGCAGUUACAGAAUGAGAAGUGCCAUCUGCUUAUUGAACAUGAGACACAGAAGUUAAAGGAGCUGGACGAGGAGCACAGCGUCGAGCUGAAGGACUGGAGAGAGAAACUGCGGCCCAGGAAAAAGACACUAGAGGAGGAGUUUGCACGGAAGGUUCAAGAACAGGAAAUCUUCUUCAAGAUGAGCGGAGAGUCCGAGUGCCUUAACCCAUCAACUCAGAGUCGCAUCUCCAAGUUCUACCCUGUGCCCACUGUCCACUCCACCGGGUUUUAACACACACACACACACACACACACACAUGUACAGAUAUACACACUACACAUGUUCCUACAUAAACUCACAUACUGUAUGUAUUACUCAAGUAAAACUCUUAUAUAAAGGCAUUAUACAACUACAAACUACAUUCUGCACAUUGAUGGCUUUUAGGAUAUGCACCUACCUACAUGUUGUGAAUGAACAUUUAGCUGCCAUGACCCCCUGAAUGAGGUCAUACAGGAUCAAAUGCAGGGGAUCACUUAAUGUAAAGGGGUUUUGCAGAUAAUAUUUCUGUGGAUGGACGGAUGUAUUCACACGAGAAGGUUCACAUUUUACAAUAAUCAGGCAGCUUCUCUAUGUUUUCUAUUAUAUUCAUGCUUAGCUAAGACAUAGGCCAAGCAUUGAUAACAUUGGUUAAUGUUUCAAUUCUAGUUAGUUAAGUAUUAAUUCAGUGGGUUUAGCACCAAGAUAAUUUGACUGAAAGCUGAAAUUUAAAUAAAUGAACCCCCUUGCCAUUUGCACAAAAUUAUUAAAGAACACUAGAAGCAAGUUGGUUAAAAGAAUAAUUGCUACAACACAUUAGAAUGUGAUACCUAUAAUGAAGGAAGUGACUUAAAUGACAUGCGAUCAUGUGGUCUAAUUUCUCAAAUGCAGUGUGUCCAAAUGAAGGAACGAACGUCUGCUGAAGACUUACAUUUCUGUCUCACACGACUAUAAGUGUAUUUUUAACAUUUUUUUGGUUCUUUUGUUUAAUUUGCCGUAUAUUCAUAGUGUCAGUCGUACUGUUUUCUACACAUAUCAGAUCAAGUUUACCCAAACUCAAAGCUGUUGUAUAUGCGGUGGUAGGAAAAAGUGUGUAAUGCACUGUUGAAGAAGAAUCUGCAAUAUGAAAUUUUAACUUUGACACAUUUUGAAACAUAUCAGACCUUUUGCUUUCUUUUCUUUAAGGUGCACUUUAGCACCAAAUUCUGUGUUUGAUUUUAAUUCCGAUCGCAUGUUUUUAGAGACUCUUUGCUGUUAAUUAUCACUAUAAACCAUAUUCUUUGUAGUUUAUUUACAUUUUACAUUUUUAUAAACUACAGUAACCUUUUUUUUUUUUUUUUUUUAGCUUUAUCAUGCCAUCUAUGCUUUAACACAGGGGCUCCCAAACUUUUACAGGGCAAGGCCCCCCAAAUGGCAUUAACAUUUGACCGAGGCCCCCCGUUUGCAAGAUGUCUUUAAAACACAUUAAAAAUACAGACACCUGAAUAUAUCUCCCUUUUUUAUUAAUGAUAACAUCUUACAUCUUUACAUUACAUUACAUUAGGAAUUGAGUGUGUGUGUGUGUGUGUGUGUGUGUGUGUGUGUGUGUGUGUGUGUCUGAGAGUGAGAAAGAGAAAACAUACUAGUGAGAGGGACCGGCAGACCAAAUUGUUGAGGCCCGCCGGGCGCCCCCUGGUGGCCUCCAAGGGGGCUGCGGCCCCCCACUUUGAAAACCACUGCUUUAACAGACCAAACGUGAAUUCUCACUGAAUUCAUCAUUAAAAUGUGGCAGUUGAGGAGGGGGUGAUACACUGACAUUUAAAUACAAAACAAAACUUAUUUAAGUCAGUGCUUAUUUUCUGUAGCAAAUCAUAAAUUAACUUCAUGAGCAUGCAUUUUCCACAAACUGAUGACAAACUGGUAAGACCUAUUUUAAUUAGAUAUACAUUUAAACACUUUUGUAGCUGGGUGGAAUGAGGGAAGAUGUCCUGUCCUUUAUACUAUUAAUUAUAAAUUUCACUGUCUAGCUAGAGUUAGCAUUACUAGCUAGAAACUCUGGCAAAUUGGCCACUAGGUUACUAGAAGGAGCCAAUAACUGUAGCAAGGUAAGUAGAGAAAAUAUCCUGAUAUAAAAAUAAAAUAAAAACAUGAAAGAAAUCUACAAGGCUUAUUGUAAUCAUUCUAACCUAAGCUCAGGAAUUCUAAAUAGUGAAGGUGAUUUUGUUGAAUUUCAUGGAAACUUUUCCAAUUACGUUAUACGUUGUGUAGAAGGCUUUACACAUUGUGUUGAAUGGACUUCUUUCCCUGUAUAACAUUUUGAUUAUUAUUACAAAAAUAAAAUGCACAUUCUUAAAGGAUGAGGCUUUCUCCAUUCUACCUUUUUAUACUAUGGACAGUUUCUUUCCAAGUAUGCAUCUAAUUCAGACUACAUUUGUCUGAUUAUAUUUCUUUUUAUCGUGACCCUGGCAGCUGUGGCUCAGGUUGUAGAGCAGGUUGUCCACUAAUCGUAGGGUUGGCGGUUCAAUUCCCGGCCCACGUGACUCCACAUGCCGAAGUGUCCUUGGGCAAGACACUGAACCCCAAGUUGCUCCUGAUGGCAAGUUAGCGCCUUGCAUGGCAGCUCUGCUACCAUUGGUGUGUGAGUGUGUGUGUGAAUGGGUGACUGAGACAGUGUAAAGCGCUUUGGAUAAAAGCGCUAUAUAAGUGCGCCAUUUACGAUUUUACCCUUUUUAUGUGCAUUUUUUAGUGUAUAAUGUACUCAUGUCAGUGUUUGUGAAUUAAAAUAAAUAUUGCUGAUUUGCA